UUGUUGAACAUGGAUCCAUUAUGUUAUGCAAUGUCAUUGUAUCGACGUCGUUAUUAUGAUCGAUGUAUGGAAAUUUGUAAUGAACAAAUUGAACAGAAUCCAAAAAAUCAGCUUUUCUGGUGUUUGAAACUUCGAUGUUUGACCGAACAAACUUAUGUUGAUGAUCUGGAAGCCGAUGAAGAUGGUAUAGCAGAAACAUUGAUGGAUGAAACACGAAUAGCCGAAACAGCUCGUCCUGGAACAUCGCUUCGAACAGCUACACCAACAUCGUUAGCGCGACAAUCCACAUCACAAGCGAUUCGACCCGUCACACAAUCUGGUCGACCAUUGAGCGGAAUGAUUAGACCUGGUACGAAUAGUAUAGGGCCAAAUCAAUCAUUGGAAUCUGCUUUAUCUGCACCACGUACUGGCUAUUCUGCUAGACCGAUGACCACAGCUUCAGGGCGUCAUGCUCGUCUUGGUACAGCAUCGAUGAUUGCUUUACAGGAAAGUGGUGGCGAAUUUCUCAACGUAGAACGUUUGAAUAUAGACAAAUACUCAAAAAUGGCACCAAUGGCUCGUGCACUUUUUGAAUACAUUUUCCAUAAUCAAUGUAAUUUUAGGAUAGCUUUACAGUUAGCUUUGAAGACCAAUGUAGAAAUGGCUAAAAUGAAUUGGUGGUGGAAGGCUCAGAUCGGUAAAUGUUAUUACAAACUAGCAUUACUUCGUGAUUCAGAAGAAUAUUUUCGUGAUGCGCUACAACAUUAUGAAGUGGCUGUCGAUGUUUAUAUUUGGUUAGGAAAAGUAUACAUUCGAAUGGAUCAACCACUUAAAGCAUUGGAUCUAUAUCGACAAGGUUUGGAAAAGCAUCCUAAUGAAACACUAUUGCUAAGAUAUGCUGCAAGAAUACAUGAAUCGAUGAAUGAAAUGGAUGAAUCAAUCGGAUUGUAUCGAUCAAUAUUGAAUUAUAAUGCAAUCGAUAUCGAAGCCAUUGCUUCGAUUGCUAUGAAUGAAUUUUACAGUGAUCAACCAGAGAUUGCAUUACGUUAUUAUCGACGAUUAUUACAGAUGGGAAUAUUUAAAUCGGAAAUCUACAAUAAUAUCGCCCUUUGUUGUUUCUAUUCACAACAAUACGAUAUGGUAGUAACUUGUUUUGAACGAGCUCUUAUGUUUGCUGAAACUGAUGAAAUGAUUGCAGAUAUUUGGUAUAAUAUUGGUCAUGUAGCACUUGGUUCUGGCGAUAGACAAUUGGCUCUUUAUUGUUUUCGAUUAGCAUCAUCAUCUAAUAAUGAUCAUGCUGAAGCAUAUAAUAAUCUAGGUGUUUUAGAAAUAACCAAAGGAAUUGGAACAUCCGGUAGUCAUAAUUAUCAACAACCAAAUACAACAAUCACAACAACUACAGCCAAUGUUCAACAGGCUAAAUCUUAUUUUCAAUCAUCGGCUAAUGUUGGAUCAUAUUUAUAUGAACCACAUUAUAAUUUAGCUUUAUUAGCAGAAAAUUCUGGCCAUUUUGAUCUUAGCUAUGAAUAUGUACAAAAAUCAUUAAAUCUAUAUCCAGAUCAUUAUGCAUCAAAAGAGCUAAAAAAUCGAGUAUGGAAACUUUACGAAGCUGUUUGAUGAUGUUUGUGAAACCAAAGAAGAAAAAAAUUCAUUGGAAAAACGGUUUCAAUUUUGGCUGAUCGAUGGCCACCUGUUGAUUGUGUUUGACUAUGACUAGCUACAAGGCAAAUGAAAAA